AUGCCAGUCAAGGACCAGGGUCCCCUGACUUCUACGGACGCAGAGCACGCAAACAUCUCUGACUCUGCCGAAGAAUUUGAAGUCUUCAAGAAAACCGCGGACGGUGUCAGUUUUCGCGAUGUGGGUCGGUUCAAAGCAUGCGUUCUGUUCGUGAAAGUUCUAUUCGCUACUGGUGUGCUGUCGCUUCCUUCGGCACUCCUCUCGCUCGGUGCUGUAGGUGGUGCGAUUAGCAUCGUAGCCUGGGGCGCGUUCAAUACAUAUGCCUUUGUGAUUCUGGGCAACUUUCGCCUGCGUCGUCCUCACUGUCACUCCAUUGCGGACAUGGCCGAGGUAGCAGGUGGAGUUACUGGCAAAGAAAUUACUGGCUUUUUGUUCAUUGUUGGCUACGUUCUUGUCACAGGUAGUGGGAUAGUUGGGGUAUCCACUGCCUUGAACGCCCUAUCGCACCAUGCCGCGUGUACGGUCUGGUGGUCAUUUCUAGCCAUGGUAGUAGUGAUUGCGACGGCUUCAAUCCGCAAACUUACUCAUGUAGGCUGGCUCACAUACGCAGGGUUUAUCUCUAUUUAUGCUGCUGUGCUGAUUGUGGUCAUUGGUGUCACCAGACGAGAUCGACCCGCUGCCGCUCCCCAGACGGGCCCCUACGAUCUUGGAUAUGUCAAUAUCAACAAUCCGGGUUUCACAGCUGGUAUGGUUGCCUCUAGCACCAUCUUCGUCUCCUCCGCCGACACGAGUGCCUUUCUUCCUGUCAUCUCAGAGAUGCGGAACCCAAAAGACUACAAGAAAGCCCUGUAUCCGUGCAUGGUGCUGGCCACGGCAUCAUAUCUUGCCUUCAGCUUGGUUGUUUACCGUUGGUGCGGACAAUGGGUCGCUAGUCCGUCAUUGGGAAGUGCCGGCCAAACAAUCAAGAUGGUAUCCUACGGCGUUGCGCUAGUAGGUCUGAUUGUGAGCGCCACGCUCUACCUUCAUGUUGGGGCAAAAUACCUCUUUGUCAGGAUACUUGGCAAGUCCCGUCACUUGCAGGCAAACUCUGCUGUCCAUUGGGGGACUUGGCUUGCUUGUACAAUUGCGUUAGGCGCCCUCUAUUUCAGUCUCGCUGAAGCUAUUCCCAUUUUCAAUUAUCUGAUUGCAUUGGUUGGAUCGUUAUCCUUUGCUCCACUCGCCAUAUCCAUCCCUGGAUUGCUUUGGCUACACGACCAUGCCCACUACUUGAAGGGAUCUCUUAUGCAGAAAGUCAAGUUCCUUCUCCAUAUCGGAAUGGUCCUCCUUGGUAUAUUCAUCCUUGUUGGUACAACCUACGGCGUCAUCAUCCAGAUCAUGGCCGCCUACGCUGAUGGAACUAUCGGUUGGACAUUCUCCUGUGCCGACAACUCGAAUUCCUCCUAA